UGUCUUUUUUUCUCUCGUGCAGGUCCACCAACCGUUCCUGAGCUCACUGUUAGAGAUCGUCAAGUUAAAUCAGGCUUGUCAAAUGCUACAUUAAGAUGUCAUGCAAACGGCCUUGAUUAUAACAAGUUGCUUUUCUACCGCUGGCAGUGGAGAUUUCAGGGCCAUACAAUACGAAAAAAUGAUAAGUACAGCAUGUCUGAUGACAUUCGUCCCCCCAACUUUUGCCACCAUUCGAAAGGCUCUACAAUCCUUCGUAUUACAAACACUUCUAAAGAAAAUUUGGGUCAAUACGUUUGUGAAUUGCUAAUGGCUAAUAUCUCGGUCGCAAUAAAGGACAUUUUAUUAGUGGAUUUCACCACGCCAUCACCUCCAAAAAUUCUGAAAUGGGAAUCAACCGAUUGUGGAAGUGCCAUAAGAGUGGGGUGGAGCGCACCACCAACAGAGCCUAAAGCCAAUGUGAUCUUUGGCUAUGAAUUUACAUUGAGAUCCACAAAUGAAAGAUCGAGGUGGAACGCUAAUGUCCCAAGGGAAAUAGUCUCACACAAAUUUGUCGGACUUCAAAUGAACACAGACUAUGAAUUCAAUAUCCGAGCUAAAUAUUCCAAUAGCUCAUCAUCAGUUAGUCCUUGGACAAAAGUAUUGUUGAAAACUACCUCAGAUAUUCCAGGUGUAUUUGAUAUAAAGGCAGUUCCCUAUGGAUGCAGUGCUAAACUCUCGUGGAAUGCUCCCUCUCCCAACGGCUGCCCGAUAUCACGGUAUACGAUUCACUACAGAGACGAGACGAGCGGGUGGAAUACGAUCAAUUUGAAAUGGUCAAACGUAAACGAUUAUCGUCUCUGGUUAAAUUGCAGCAAAAAUUACCACAUAAUGGUCUUUGCUUGGAAUCAACGGGGACAUAGCCACUACACCGAGAAGUCUGUGCUGUCCUUACGAACGGAAAAUGGGGUGCCUUUCAUACCAUCGAUUACAAAAAUUGAACGGAAGCAAUGUGGUAUAAUGGAGGUUUCUUGGGAGGCAUCGUCGUCUGAAUCCGGUGGAGGUUCAGUGACGGAGUUCCAGGUCCAGAUGGAACAAAGUGGUGAUUGGCGCAACUGCAGUCGGUUCCUUCCAAAUAAUACAUGUUCCUUCCAUGGUUUACUCAUUGACAAGAGUGGCCCUCUCAUGAAUGUUCGCGUUAGAGCUUUCAACCGGAAGGGUUUCAGUGAUUGGACGAACACUUCAAUCCCAUUAAACCACGCAGGUCCACCUGAUCCUCCAGAGAUUAAAUCCAAUGUUUCGUCGGUCUCGGACAGAAAUGUAACUGUAACUUGGAGACGCCCCAAACAGUACAAUUGCAAUAUUACUAUGUACUCCAUUCACUUCAGAGUAAUAGAACCACUUAUGGAAAGCUGGAGUGAAAUAAACAUCUCGGGAGUUACAAGUUAUCAACUGCAGCUUCAAUACAGCAAACAGUACGAAUUCAUUAUUGCCGCUUGGAACAAGCUGGGACGAAGUGAAAACAGCAUAGCCUGGAAAGUGAGAACAGCUCAAGAUGUUCCAUACAAACCGACCUUACAUCCUCUAAUUUCGGGACAGUGUAACUCCAUCAACGUAACGUGGAAUCCACCAAUACCUGGGGCAUUAGGAGACCCUGUGAUCGGCUACGUAGCACAGAUAGCAGUGGCUGAUUCCAAAGAAGAAUGGAUUAACUGCAGUUUACGUGGAACAUUGAGAUCAAGAACAUGUCUGUUUACACAUCUUGAAAAAUUUACCAUGUAUCGUGUAAGAGUGUUUGCAAAAAAUAAACUUGGAUACAGUUUGCCAUCCAUCGCCAAGGAAAUAUUCACUAAACAAGCAGACCGUCCUGGUUCACCUGAAAUAGUCGAACGGAAAGUUUCAGGAUGUAAUGUUACACUAGAGUGGACCUCACCAAAAUCCACUGGAUGCCCGAUACUCUUUUACACAAUCAGCUACAGGAAAAAAGGACUUGAUGAUGACAAUACUUGGACAUAUGUUAAUGUAACAGAUGAGGGAGCCAAGCAAACGGAACUUAUACUGAAUUGCUCCACGACGUAUGAAUUUCAGGCUAGGGCCUGGAAUGAGCUAGGAGGUGGAGACCUGUCUUCUUUGCAGUCGGCAACAACAAACGACUUAACAACCUCUCAGCAGGAAGCUAGAGAAUCCCAUUUAACAGAUUCUCCGCCGUUAGAACUGGUUAACCUAAUCGCACUGAUCGUUGCCGGCGUUGUUGUUUUGGUCGCCCUUCUUCUGAUCAUAAGAGUGUGGUACUACUACAAAAAGCGCGCAUCAAAACAGGUCAAAAGGACGGUCGACGAUAUUCAUGUCUUAGAGCAGUGCGAAAUCCAUCCAUUAAGAACAGAAUUUAUCGAAGCCCUAGGCGAGGGAGCAUUUGGGAAGGUUCAUAAGGCAACACUCAAGGAUGGAUUGGAUUACUUAAAAAACGGUGAUGAUUUAAUUGGUAAGGCCAAGCGAAAAAAGAUUGUGGCAAUAAAGGAACUGCAUGAAAAUGCCGGUGAAGAGCAGAGAAGACAAUUUCUGGAUGAAAUAGACCUGAUGAGGCAAGUCGGUCAACAUCGGAAUAUUUUGAGUUUCCUCGGGUGUUGGACCACGACCGAACCUUUUCUCCUGGUUAUUGAGUAUGUAGCUCAUGGAGACUUGCUUCAGUGGCUUAGAAGCAAGCGAACUCAGAUUAACAGCUCGGCUGACAGCAAACCAAAGGAGAACGAUCUGUACGCAGGAUCUAGGACUGCUCUCUUUGGACCAACCGUUGAUCAGACUAACGAAGAGUGUGAUGGGAGGGGAGAAAUACCUGAGGACGUACCUGGUCUUGGUGAUGUCUCAGGCCAACCUGGCAUAGAUGAAUGCAAAAUACCACUGGUUGUUUUCUCAACUUCAGAAGAGGGAACCGAUGGAACUUCAGGGAAGACAAAUGACGAGUGCAGUGUUGAUUGCGAGUCGUUCAUUCCAGCCGAUCUUUUGUCAUUUGCUUGGCAGAUAGCCGGAGGCAUGAGUUACCUCUCUGGGAAAGGCCUCGUUCAUAGAGAUCUUGCGGCACGAAAUGUUCUUGUCGGGCACGGUAAAAGGCUUAAGAUUGCGGACUUCGGUUUGAUGCGAGAAGUGUAUCAUGAGGUGUAUGAGGUGCAGAAGCAGAAGAAACUGCCAGUGAAAUGGAUGGCACCUGAGUCACUUUACGAACAGAUAUUUACUUCAAAAAGCGAUGUGUGGUCGUAUGGAGUGGUUUUGUGGGAAAUUGCAACUGUUGGGGGCUCACCUUAUCCACUCCUGACUAAUGCAGAGCUCAUGAGAUUGUUAAAGACUGGCCACCGGAUGGAGAAACCUGAAUUGUGCUCAGAUCAUGUUUAUUCUUUGAUGCUGGACUGUUGGAAAGAAGAUCUAAAUGAACGGCCAAGUUUCCAGGAGCUGGUUGGAAGAUUGGAAGAGCUGAUGCAUCAGGAAGUUGAAUACUUUGACUUUGACAAAGUUGACGAGUCGAAGGACUAUUAUCUGGUGCAAGAGGUCAAGACAAAUGAGGAUGACCUGGAUGGGGUUGACGUGUUAUAAAAUUAUCAAUGACGACAUAACAACAGCAGAAGAAGUACCUUAAAAAUUAUUAAAAAAUCUAGCUCAAUGAA